UCCCUGGUCCCGUAUCUAGAUCAGAUUUAUGCGCAUGGCAUGGGGUAACUAACAAACAUGGCCGACGAGAAGAAGGGAGUUGCUAUCUUGUCUCCCUCGGAAAGCAUAGAUAAUAGAGUAUAUUAUAAUAGAGUAUAUCUGUACUCUAAUAUCUAUGCGGAAAGGCUAUUCGUGGAAGGGUGGGAAUUUAUGCAGACAUUAGGAGAGGGAGCGUAUGGAGAAGUUAAGCUGGCUGUAAAUGUGUGGCUGUUAAAAUAAUGCACUUGGAUGGAGAUAACGCGUUGACUCUUGACUGCCUUAAAAAAGAAAUAUGUAUAAUGAAGAUGCUGAGACAUGAUAAUGUAGUGAGGUUCUUUGGGGAGAGAGCCUGUGGUAAGAUACACUACCUCUUCUUAGAAUAUGUGGAUGGAGGAGAACUCUUUGAUAGGAUUGAGCCUCAUCAUGGUAUGGAGCCAGGCUUAGCUCAGCAUUUUUUCCUCCAACUUCUUCAAGGAUUGGAGUAUCUUCAUUCACGAGGAGUAGCUCAUCGUGACAAAAAACCAGAAAAUAUACUAUUGGAUGGAUAUGGUUAACAAGUCAUGUUCUCGGUCAAGCUGAUGUCUCUGUCUUGCUAUUUUAAGCAUACUGGCAAGGUCAA